AUGAAAACAAGUGUAGUGAAGGGCGGUGGCAACCGGGAACUUGAGGUACCUGACUGUUGUUUGACUUUUUUUUUUUUUUUCCCUGUUCUGGAACUAGGUCCCACGCUGUUGUUUGUAAAGGUGAGCCAAGGGAAGGAAGACACGCGGAGGUUUUAUGCCUGCUCGGCCUGUCGAGAUAGAAAAGAUUGUAAUUUUUUCCAAUGGGAAGAUGAAAAGUUGUCAGGUGCUAGACUUGCUGCCCGAGAAGCUCAUAACCGAAGAUGCCAGCCUCCUCUCUCCCGAAUGCAGUGUGUGCAAAGGUAUUUGAAGUUCAUUGAGUUGCCGUUGUCUCAGAGAAAGUUUUGCCAAAGAUGUCAGCAGUUGCUCCUGCCAGAUGACUGGGAGAAGCAUCGCGAGCACCAGGUCAUGGGUGAUGUUUCUGUCAUCCAGUUAAAAAGGCCCAGUCAGCUCCUUUCUCCGUUGGAAAACAAGAAGACAAACGCGCAGUAUUUGUUUGCUGAUAGGAGCUGUCAGUUCUUGAUAGACCUACUUUCUACCCUUGGGUUCAGAAGAGUGCUGUGUGUUGGAACACCAAGGUUGCAUGAGCUGAUCAGGUUGAAAGCAUCAGGUGACAAGAAGCCUAACAUUAAAAGCCUUUUAUUGGAUAUUGAUUUUCGGUAUUCGCAGUUUUAUAUGGAAGAUAGCUUUUGCCAUUAUAACAUGUUUAACCAUCACUUCUUUGAUGGAGAGGCUGCCCUUGAAGUAUGCAGAACAUUUUUACAGGAAGAUAAAGGUGAAGGAGUCAUUAUGGUGACAGACCCUCCUUUUGGUGGCUUGGUUGAACCUCUGGCUGUUACAUUCAAGAAGCUAAUUGCUAUGUGGAAGAAAGGUCAAAGUCAAGAUAACAAUCACAAAGAACUACCCAUUUUCUGGAUUUUUCCCUAUUUUUUUGAAUCCCGAAUUUGUCAGUUUUUUCCAAGCUUCCACAUGCUGGACUACCAGGUAGAUUAUGAUAAUCAUGCACUUUAUAAACAUGGAAAGACAGGUCGGAAACAGUCUCCUGUGCGUAUUUUCACCAAUAUUCCACCCAACAAAAUAAUUCUUCCUGUGGAAGAAGGGUAUAGGUUUUGCCCUCUGUGUCAACGAUAUGUUUCUCUAGAGAAUCAACACUGUGAGCACUGUAAUUCGUGCACAUCCAAGGAUGGCAGGAAAUGGAACCAUUGCUUUCUCUGCAAAAAGUGUGUAAAGCCUUCCUGGAUCCACUGUAGCAUUUGCAAUCACUGUGCUCUUCCCGGUCAUUCUUGCGAGGGCCCUAGAGACGGCUGCUUCAUUUGCGGUGAAUUAGAUCACAAACGUAGUACCUGUCCUAACAUCUCUGCAGCUACAAGAGUUAGCAAGUUAGUUGAAUUCUUUUGUUUACUAGAAGAAAAAUUUCAUUGUGUGACUUAUACAGAGUAAUCCACAAAAGUGUGCAAUAAUUGGAAGAUUCAAAAGUGCUAAAGUAAUUGUUGUAUUGUUUGCAUGGAUUGGGAAAGGAGGAUAUGAAGAUGAGUCCAAGAGCUUAGAAAUUUAUAGGUAAGACAUGAAAAUAACCAGAACAUAAGGUAGAAAGUGACUAACUUUAUAUCUCCUGCGGUUAGUGUGAAAUUAUAAUUUGUGGGGCGAGGGUUCAGGCUUUAUUGAAGGAUCUGCUGUUUAAGUCAGGACAGAUUGGCUGUAGACAUAUGGUAUUGGGUAAGGCUGGAGCACAAUCUCA